AUGCACAGUGCCAAAUCAAAGUCAAAAGGCGUCAGCACCAAUUCUCUUUUCGAUCUAAAGGCGGAAAUUUCCAAAAAGGAGGAUGAAUUUGCCCGGGAUAAGGCUGCAGGCAAAACAUACACGCUUGGCCGUGUCAAUCGUCCUGACAAGAAACCGACCAAGUGGAGUCUUCCGAACAAAGGUGUUCAAUCCCGUGCUGCAAGAGAUCUCGUAGAGCAGGAAAGUGUCAGCAAGCCUACCCUUGAAAACGCCAGAAUCUCAUUGGAACGAAAAUCUGUCAAGUACCAUCAGCUAGUCAAGGGAAAGACUGCCGGUCUCACCGAAAAACAAUAUGAUGCCUUGUUGGUGGAUUUCGAUGCUAAAGGCAUCGAUUCGAAAUGGGAAUCAGAUAGCGACGAUGUCGACGAGUCGCUGACCGUUCCUGUACCGAAUAACGAGGACGAUCCCAUGAUAGAAUAUGUGGAUGAAUAUGGUCGAAAUCGGACAGCUCGUCGCUCUGAAGUGCCUCGCCUGGCCAAACGUGAUGAUGAAACUCAAGAAUUUGACGAUGGGCGUCAUCCGUCAGUCACCUUUUCUCUAAGCAUACUCUCUCCUAACUUUCCUACAGGAAAUGCUCAGAUCCUCCAGAACCACUUCCCCACAUACCAACAUACUGAGGAUCGUAUCACUGAAAUAAUCAACGAACAUUCCGAAGAGAACAAUCCUUUGGAAAAACAUUAUGACCCAAAUUCAGAGAUUCGCGACAGGGGCGCUGCAUCCUACACCUUCUCGACAGACGAAGAAACUCGUCAAGCCAGACUGAACGAGUUGAAAUCCCGCCACCUCGAAACAGAUGCUAUCAGGAAAGAAAUGGGUGCCGUGGAUGUUCUGCCCGGAGAGAUAGAGGGAAUGCAGGUUCCUGAAGUGAGAAGCUCGGUUAAAGGAUCCGAAAAGCGGAAACGAGAAAUGGAGGAACGGAGGAAAAUGCUAGAUGCGAAACGCAAGAAAGUCGGAACCCGAACCGUCAUUGAAGAACCUCAGCCUGACACAGUUUCUGCAUCCACUUCCGGUACUACAACAAGCCUCAUACGGAAUUCACAGACGCCCGGUCUCCCUCAACAGGUAGACCCGUUCUCUGCGUUAGAGUCGGCUACUUUUUCAAAGCCUCCUCCGAACAAAGGCAAGGGCAAGUCAAGUUCUCAACACGAUGCCGACGAAUUCCUUGCACAACUCGGGAAUGAGAUGCUGAAUAAGAAGCGAAAAUGA